AUGACGAAGGACAGGUUAGCGGCGCUUCAAGCGGCGCAAAGUGACGAUGACGACGUUGGGCCCGACGAUGUCAACGUCGCCGUUGAAGGCGGCUUCAUGGACGAAUUCUUCAGUGAGGUGGAAGAAAUAAGAGAAAUGAUAGAUAAGAUACAGGCGAACGUCGAGGAGGUGAAGAAGAAGCACAGUGCCAUCCUGUCAGCACCACAAUCAGAUGAAAAAACAAAGCACGAAUUAGAAGAUCUCAUGGCUGAUAUUAAGAAAACUGCCAACAAAGUUAGAGGAAAGUUAAAACACAUAGAGCAGAACAUCGAACAAGAGGAGCAUUCGAACAAAUCGUCGGCGGACCUGAGAAUAAGAAAAACGCAGCACUCGACGUUAUCGCGCAAGUUCGUCGAGGUGAUGACCGAGUACAACCGAACGCAGACCGACUACCGGGACCGCUGCAAAAAUAGGAUACUUCGGCAGCUUGAGAUCACGGGCCGCGCCACCACCGACGACGAGCUAGAGGCCAUGUUGGAGCAGGACAACCCAGCCGUUUUCACCCAGGGGAUAAUAAUGGAGACGCAGCAAGCGAAGCAGACACUGGCUGACAUUGAGGCGCGGCAUGCAGACAUCAUCAAGUUGGAAACCUCCAUCCGUGAGCUCCACGACAUGUUCAUGGACAUGGCCAUGCUCGUCGAGAGCCAGGGUGAGAUGAUCGACCGCAUUGAGUAUCAUGUUGAGCAUGCUGUGGACUAUGUCCAAACUGCCACACAAGACACAAAGAAGGCCCUUAAAUAUCAGAGCAAAGCUCGACGGAAGAAGAUUAUGAUUAUGCUGUGCCUGCUCGUGCUCGGCCUAAUUGCGACCGGAUACGUGUAUAACACGUUCUUCUAA